ACCAAUUAUUUAUAUCGUCGGAGAAUGGAAGCAUCUCUUCCAACUCUUUCUCCAUCACUCCCGCCUUUUCCUCGCAGACUUCACUCCCACUCUCCGCUCAUCACCAGUUUUCCCGCGAUAUUUACCGGCUCUUUGCGGCAACUGCCGCGGCUCCGGAAAAUUGCUCCUCCACAUUUGACGGCGACGGUGAUGGCGUCGGCGACGGCGACGGCGUCAUGCUCUUCUCAAGCUCCGCUGCUUUCGGCACGGACAGUCAGCAUAUCUUACUCCGAACUCAAGGAUAAGAAUGCCGACUUAUCGUCGAAAAUUGAACAAGGCUUUGGGGCGAAUGGUCUUGGACUUCUUUCUAUAUCGGAUGUUCCUGAGUAUACUUUGUUGCGUGAGAAUCUUCUCCGUCUUUCAUCAAGAUUAGCUAAUGUUUCUGAAGAUGUGAAAAGGGAGCUGGAAGAUCCAGAUAGUCGGUACAGCUUUGGAUGGAGUUAUGGAAAACAGAUGCGAGAUGGAAAGCUUGAUAAACUUAAAGCAUCCUUCUAUGCAAAUCCAAUAUUGGAUGUUCCUACAACUGAACCAUCCCUUUUACAACAAUACCCUUCAUUUUGUAGAGCAAAUAUAUGGCCUUGUACAGCUCUGCCAGAACUUGAAAUAGCCUUCAAAGCACUUGGAAAGCUGAUCUUGAAUGUUGGGCUGUUGUUGGCUUAUCAUUGUGAUCGAUACGUAUCCAGCAGGAUUGCAACAAAUGAGAAUAAAGACAUUCUGCAGACACUUCUUCCCUCUAGAGGUCAUAAAGGUCGACUUCUUCACUAUUUCCCUACCCAGAAUAGUUGCUCUUCUCAAGAUGAUGGAUCUAUUCCAUCUUGGGCUGGCUGGCAUACUGAUUGUGCUUCCUUCACAGGUCUAACAUGUGAAAUGUUUACAAGAGAUGAUGUGGAAAUACCUUGCCCUGACAAUGCUGCUGGCCUCUAUGUAAAAUCCCGUACUGGUCAAGUUGUCAAACCGGAAUAUGGUGAGGAUGAAAUAGCAUAUAUGGUUGGUGAGACAAGUGAGAUACUGUCAAGACAUCUGCUCUGUGCGACACCACAUUGUGUUCAGGCACCAAAAGGGGCGGAAGCAUCUGCUGUUGGGCGCUCAACAUUUGCAUUGUUCCUGCAGCCUGACUGGGAUGACAAGUUUAAUUUCUCAGAGCUGGCGCAUAUACAUGAGGAGUUGCGCCACUCCAACCAUUCUCAAACUUUCGGAGAGUACAAUGAGAGGCUGCUGGACAAGUAUUACUAGCCAAAACCGUAAAAACAAUAAA